GGGGUUAUGGGAGGGCUCUGGUGUCCGGGAUGGAGGUUGGUGGCUUCGUGUGGCCGGGGCUGGAGGCAGCCCGGGUGGUCAGGGCGGACUGUGGUGAACGCAGAGCUGGUGCUUAGGCCCGGGUGGGAUGGGCUCGGAGGCGCGGAGCGGGGUCUGAGACGCCUCGGGACAUGGAAGCGCCCGUGCGGGGUCCGGGGGCCCGCGACGCAGCCGCCACGGCGGCCGAGGAGCAGCAACCCUUUCCAGCGCGCGCAGGAGGACGAGUGGCGGCGGCGGAACAAGACGGUGCUCACCUACGUGGCCGCGGCCGCCGUGGGCAUGCUGGGGGCCUCCUACGCCGCGGUGCCCCUCUAUCGGCUCUACUGCCAGACUACUGGACUUGGAGGAUCAGCAGUGGCCGGGCACUCCUCAGACCAGAUCGAGAACAUGGUGCCUGUCAAGGACCGGGUCAUUAAGGUCACCUUCAAUGCUGACGUUCAUGCCAGUCUCCAGUGGAACUUCAGACCUCAGCAAACAGAGAUCUAUGUGGUACCAGGAGAGACUGCACUGGCAUUUUAUAAAGCUAAGAAUCCUACUGACAAACCAGUAAUUGGAAUUUCUACAUAUAAUGUUGUACCGUUUGAAGCUGGACAGUAUUUCAAUAAGAUACAGUGCUUCUGUUUUGAAGAACAAAGGCUUAAUCCACAAGAAGAAGUAGAUAUGCCAGUGUUUUUCUACAUUGAUCCUGAAUUUGCAGAAGAUCCAAGAAUGGUGAAUGUCGACCUCAUCACUCUUUCUUACACUUUUUUUGAAGCAAAGGAAGGGCACAAGUUGCCAGUUCCAGGCUAUAAUUGAAGCAGCUCCCAAGGCCUGCUUCAGAUUUGUGAUUUUUGGAAAAUCAUGUAUUGCUUUCUCAGAAGAGAAAUAUUCUAUAGUAAUGUAUUUUAAAGCCUUGUAUUUUAAAUGGUUUUACCUUUCUUUCUUUCUUUGCACCUUCAUUUAUCCCACUUAAGACUGAAAGAACAAGUUCAAAACUCAGUCUGUGGUGAAAAGAUGCUGCUAUCCUGUGAUGGUGCUUAAGGGUAGGAAACAAACACAGCUCUGUUUUAAGUAAUAGAAUAUGAAUAUUGUUCAUAUUCCAAGCCUGAAGAAUAUAUGACUGCCCAAGUGUGACUAUUAAAAACUGCAUCAUGGGCCAGGGAUAUGAAUCAGUGGGUUAAAUAAAGUGUUUGCCACAUAGGCCUGACAACUUGAUUUCUAUUCCCGGAACCAGCCUUAAAAGAGUGACUACAGUAGCUCCUACCUGUAAUCCCAGAGUUCUUACAGUGAGCUGGGAGGUGGAGCCAGGAGAAUCAUCUUGCCUGUAUAUGCAUGCUCUGGCUGCCCACACACAGAUAUAAACUGCUUUAACAGUUCAGUUUAAGUCCUCCUGAAGUAUUAGCCCUUCACAUCUAUAAUAAUGUAUCUGAAAACUUCGAAACAGAAUCGACAUGCAACUGUUUAGUUCAUAGGCAUGCUGGUUGCUGUUUUCCUUCAGUAUAAACUGACACCAUUUAAAAAUUUUAAAAUUUAUCUUCUUAAUAUGUGGGGAGGAUGAAUGCUACCCAUGCUGCAGCAGACAAUGGGCAAGCUGUGGGAGACAGCUUUCUCUCACUGUGAGGGUCUCAGGAAUCAGGGGAGCACGUGCCUUCACCGGCAGAGCUUUCUCUGGCUGACCCAACAGUGUGGAGGAGGAGACACUUGCUCCAAGUUUGCCUUCUGAGUGCAAGUGUGCCUUUUUCUGUUAAGCUUGAGGGCUGUUUUAUUCCGAGUACUGACUAGAUAAUCAUUUGGAAAUGACGGAAUCAUGAUCUAACAGAAAAUUACACCUGCUAGUCUAAGCUAGCAUUUACCACCAUAAAUCCAAGUUCAUUAACAUCAUGUAAGGGUAAAAUUGUGAAGAUUUACUGACAUAAAAGCUCAUUAAACUAGAAGACAAAACAACAACACAACUGACAAAUUAAUAGUAAUUUAAUUUUAUGUAAAUGAUGCAUUGUCCAGUUUUCCAAGAGUCAUUGUUUCAAAUCAGAAUGUGAAUUAUAAUAAAAGGCAAGAAUGUUAAACAUUACAUAGGACUAACUACAUCUUAGGCCACCUGAUGCAGUGGCCUACUCAGGCACUUGAAAUAUAAUUAAACAAGUCUUUCAAGCAAUUCUAAACCAAAAUGUUAUUUAUAAACAAGUACAAACUGAAUUGUACAUUCAGAUUCAGUUAAAUAAAGGCACUCAUUUUCUUCCUUUC